CGAACAUCGAAGAUGGUCUUCCAGCCCACCUGCGGAGUAUUGAGGGACACGAGCUGCUUUGGGAACGAGAAUCAAGACUUCCCUCCUCCUCACAGAUCAUUGCACCUCUUCAAUACCACUGAGCAGUCCGAAGCCGCUUCGAUUCCCUGUUGCGUCGAGCCCUAGUUUGUCCAUCCUCGCUUACAAAUAUUCGUACUUCGGGUAGUUGGCGGCUGCGCCACUCAGGAGCUGGAGACAUAGCUGCAUUUGGCCGACCGCGCCGACCUCGCUUGCUCAGACGUCGAACCUCGUGGGCCGAGUAACCCAAAAGUCAACAUUGCGACGAGCGCACGUGAGGGUGAGCUUGCUGCAUGGGAGUGAUCGAGCCCUUGGCCCCCAGAAUGGCCCUCUGAAACCACUUGCUUCUCACCGACUUCGCCAGCAGAACCUCCCAGAUUCAACCCACCAACGCCCCCAAUUAAACAACAACUAUUGGUGAGUCUGUCUCAGCAGCUCUACAACCCUUAGAGCUUGUCUCUCUUCUCCCCGGGGGACACCAGAGAAAGUGGAAGCUGGAGACUAAGGAGCUGAUUUCCGGUUCUCCAGGGGUGUGACAGAGCUGGCAAGCAGUCCCGAUAUUGCUACCCUCAGAGUCCUCUGUCGCGCCAUUGGAUCUCUAAACCCGAUCAUCGGUCCUACUGGAGUAAGUAACGGUGACGACUUUCAUAUACCGAGUACACCUUUGUUUUCGGCAGGCUCUCUCCUUUGCGCUGUCGCGGAUUGGCCGGGACAAUGGGAUGUGCCUGCGCCCAGCUCAGCCUUGUGGCUUUGAGCGGACGUAUAGGAGUUGAUGGGUGCAAUGAGACCUUCCACACCUUGGGGAAGUUGUUUGAAAACUAGGUUCUCGAGGGUUUCGCGCUCGCAAACGCAGAAAUUCGAACUUUUGCCGUAUCUCUCGGAAGAACAGCUGGCUGCCUCAUACCGGGCAGCGGUAGCGACUACGUGAUCAGUCCAGUCGCGACGUGCUCGCAUCGCGUUUAUCUUCUUUUGCCACAUUGUCGACGUCGACUAACUGGUAUUAUUGUGCUCCUACAGAUACGAAUUUGCCGUCACAGUCCGAGUCUCUUCAUCAACGUGACCAGCAACGAAAUUAACCCAUCCGCCUCAGCCCCGUAGUCAAAAAUGCCUGUCGAACUGCGCAAACGCCCUCCCCCAAAGGAGCCAGCCGCCCCGCCCCCUCCCGCGAAACGAGGGAGCAGUAGCAGCACGGUAAAGAAGCUCGCCGGCAAGGCCAAAGCCGCCGUUACUGGGUCGUCCAGGGGCACCAAAAAGACGGCUGAACCUGUUGUCGCCAACCCACCGGAGCCGGAAGAAGCUCCCACUUCCUCCUCCGCAGUCAUCGUCCCCGAAGUCGUCCCGGCCACGGCCGGCGCCAGCGAAGACACCAAAGAGGAGCCUACCGCGAACGGGAGUGCGGUCACGGCAAAGGCAACUGCUUCCGGGAAGUUGAGCGUGGGCGACAAGAUCGAUCUGGAUGGCUUUGGCGGCACAGUGCAGACGCAUGAUGGGACCAGCGUGACGGUGAAAGAAUUGCUCGAGAAGAGCGGCGCCGGCAUCGUCAUCUUUACGUAUCCCAAGGCGAGUACGCCGGGCUGCACCAACCAGGCUUGUCUCUUCCGGGACAACUACGCGCCCAUCACGGGUGCAUCGCUCGCGGUCUAUGGUUUGAGUACAGACAGUCCCAAGGCAAACACGACCUUUGCAACCAAACAGAAGCUGCCGUAUCAGCUAUUGUGUGACCCUAAUGCAACUCUCACGUCUGCCAUCGGAAUGAAAAAGCCAGGCCCCGGCAAAUCUACCACCCGUGGCGUGGUCGUCAUUGAUAAACAAGGGACUCUCCGUCUCUGGGAGCAAGCCGGCCCCGCCAAGACGCUCGAAGCAGUUUUGGAAUACAUCAAAUCCCAGGGCAUGACUGAAACAGGCGCCCCGGCUGCAGUUGCCGCACCUCCCGCGGAUGACCCUAUUGCAUCGGAGGAGGCAGCAAAACUGGCGGACCCGGACACCAAGAUGGAUGAGGUGCCGCUUGUUAGGACACCUAGCAAAUCCGAGCAGGACGCCGCCGAGACAGCCGCAGAGGUGGGGGAGACGGCGGCCAAGAUUGAUUCUGCUGAAGGCGAAGCGAAGCCAUAAAGGACUUCCUCAGGGGUGCUCGAAUAGCAGAGGUGAAGGCCUGUAUGUUGUUUAACGUUUCUUGUCAGCGCGUGGUCAUGAGAGUUCCGUCUCGGCGUCCAAGGCGCAUUCAGGUUAAUGAGCAUUGUGUUUUCUCUUUCAA